AUGCUGUUGAAGUUCUCGGGUUUCCUCAUUCUCCUAGUGCUGUUCCUGCACCAAACCCAGCCCCAGACGAUUAAGAAGAGAUGCCUGCUGCCGCUGGAACAGGGCAACGGCAAGGCCAUCCUCCGCAAUUGGUACUUCAAUUCGACGACAAGCAAAUGCUAGAAGUUCGUCUUCUUUGGUGGCGAGAAGAAUGGCAACAAUUUCCAGACCAAAGCUCGCUGCAAUAAGAUUUGCCUGGCAAGUCUACCCAUGACCAUCGGAAAUGAUCCAAUGGAGGUUUAA